CUCAACAAUCAUCAUGUCUCUCUCCAACAAGCUCUCCAUCACCGAUGUCGACCUCAAGGACAAGCGUGUCCUGAUGCGCGUCGACUUCAACGUUCCUCUCGACUCCAACAAGAACAUCACCAACAACCAGCGUAUCGUUGGUGCUCUCCCCUCCAUCAAGUACGCCCUCGACAAUGGCGCCAAGGCCGUCGUCUUGAUGUCCCACCUUGGCCGUCCCGAUGGCAAGAGGAACGAGAAGUACAGCCUGAAGCCCGUCGUUGCCGAGCUUGAGAAGCUGCUGAGCAGGAGCGUCGUCUUCACCAACGACUGCGUUGGCAAGGAGGUCGAGGAGACCGUCAACAAGGCGACUGGCGGCCAGGUUGUUCUGCUCGAGAACCUGCGUUUCCACGCCGAGGAGGAGGGUUCCUCCAAGGACGCCGAGGGCAAGAAGGUCAAGGCCGACAAGGCCGCCGUUGAGGAGUUCCGCAAGGGCCUGACCGCUCUGGGUGACAUUUACAUCAACGACGCUUUCGGCACUGCCCACCGUGCCCACAGCUCCAUGGUCGGCGUCGACCUUCCCCAGAAGGCCUCUGGUUUCCUCGUCAAGAAGGAGCUUGACUACUUCGCGCAGGCUCUCGAGUCGCCUCAGCGCCCCUUCCUCGCCAUCCUUGGUGGUGCUAAGGUUUCCGAUAAGAUCCAGCUGAUCGACAACCUUCUCGACAAGGUCAACACCCUGAUCAUCUGCGGUGGCAUGGCCUUCACCUUCAAGAAGACCCUUUACAACGUCAAGAUUGGUAACUCCCUCUUCGACGAGGCCGGCAGCAAGACCGUCGCCGACCUUGUCAAGAAGGCCGAGAAGAACAACGUCAAGAUUGUCCUGCCCGUCGACUUCGUCACCGCCGACAACUUCGCCGCUGACGCCAAGACUGGUUACGCCACCGACUCUGACGGUAUUCCCGACGGCUGGAUGGGCCUUGACGCCGGUGAGAAGUCCGUCGAGCUCUACAAGCAGACCAUCAACGAGGCCAAGACCAUCCUGUGGAACGGUCCCCCCGGUGUCUUCGAGUUCGAGGCCUUUGCCAACGGCACCAAGAAGACCAUGGACGCUGCCGUCGCUGCUGCCCAGAACGGCAAGAUCGUCAUCAUUGGUGGUGGUGACACCGCUACCGUCGCCGCCAAGUACGGUGUUGAGGACAAGCUGAGCCACGUCUCUACCGGUGGUGGAGCCUCCCUCGAGCUCCUCGAGGGCAAGGCCCUGCCCGGUGUCGUCGCUCUGUCCAGUAAGUAAAUGUUUGUCCGUAACCAGGCGGGCUCUGAUGGGAGGAUUACAAAAAGGAAAGCCUUCAAGGCUAUGAACAUAAGAUACACAUGAUGAGCAUAAGAAAUUUGACUUUUUAAUGAAACGCAACUGCGUCUUGAUAUGACCGAGCCUU